AGGAGCCCACGUGUUUCAUCUGAAGCCGCUCCGUGUUUGAUUCAAGGAAACGCCGCGAGCGUUUCUCCACAGCUUCAUCCCGUCAUGUCUCACAAGUACCCGUACAGACGGACGGCGUCUGACACUGACCUCAGACCUGAUCCUGGACCUUACAGCUCCUCGGACCUCCGUCACGCCUCACCGGGCCACAACUUUUACAGUCCGCCUCCUCAGGAGUCCCACCCCUCGUCCUACCGGUCGUCUUCGUCCUCCAGAGGCUCGGCUCAGUGGUCGCAGGACGGCGCUCUCAGCAUCCUGAGUAGCUGCGGUCUGGAGCCCAGCGACCUGUCUCUGCUGGCCGAGCUGCCCGAGGACGUCCUGACCGUGGAGUCCCUGCCUCAUGUCCUCAAACAGAUCAAAGGAAAGAGAGGGACCAUCAAACCUUUCCCUCCCAACGCUCCUCCCUCCUCUUCCUCCUCUUAUCCUCCCAGCUCCACCCGUCAACCCGCCGCUACCUCCUCCAGCGGAGACUGGGACCAGCUCCACAGCCAGCCGGUCCAGUACCCACUGGACCAGGUCGCUCCCAGUUAUCUUCCAUCUGAGCAGGUCCAGGACCGCUGGGGGAAUCCCAGAACCAGCAGCUCUGUGAGAGCAGACCAUCAUCCACCAUCAUCAUCAUCAGCUUCAUCUUCAUCCUCCAUGUACGUGGUGGACUUCCACCACAGACCCGGACCCUCUGUGUACGGUAAGGCCGGCAGAGCCACGAGCUCAGCUUCCUCUCAGGACCGAGCCUCUUUCAGGUCGCCAGGACAGGGACAAAGAACUCGUCCUUCCCAUUUCUCCGAGCGCAGAUCAGCUGAUCACAGGUCAGCUGAUCACAGGUCAGCUCCUCAACCUCGGGGGGGCCACCGCCGGUCUGAAACCUCUUCCAUCAGGAGCAGCCGGCACGCUGCAGCCGCCUCCAUGCCCUCCCCCAAAGAAACUCUGGACUUCCACGGGACGUCCCCUCAGGUGUUCCCGUACUCGUGCUCUCUGUGUGAUAUCACUGUGCUGUCAGAGAGGGUUUGGAUUAAACACAUCAACGGCACGCAGCAUGCAGACGGACAGCUCGGCCUGCUGCAGCAGUUUCCUAACUGGGACUGUCGCAUGGAGACGGUCAACAGGGCCGACAACCAAUCAGAGAAGAGGAAGGAUGAAGAAAAAGCCGCCCGGCCGCCACAGACAGCCAAUCAGAGCCAAAGUAAAUGACCUCAUUGUGCAUCAGCGUCAGAGAAAGGGAAAGUGGUGUGUGUGAAGUUUCCCGCUCAGUCUGUGGACGAGACGUACCUGAGGAAACUGACAGAGCCGUUCGGAAAGAUCGUCAAGAUCCUCAUGUUUCCAUCUCUGGCGUUCGUGGAGCUGGGCUCCGUGGAUCAAGCCAAGGACUUGGUGAAGUUCCACGUCAACUAUCCUCCGACGGUGAACGGAGAGCAGAUCGAGUUCAGCAUCUCCAACACCUUCAACUUCCUCCAGAGUUCUCAGGUGGUGAGCUUCACUCCGGCGCCGACAGGAGGAGACGGCCAAUCGGAUCUGAUCAGCGUCAUCAAACGCUUCGGCCCACCGCUCUACACUCUGUUCCUGCCGUCUAUAGCAUUUGUGGAGAUGAAAAAUGCUCCUGACGCUCAGAAGCUGGUGGAUUAUUAUUCCUCCAACACUCUGAGGAUCAACAGCGACUUCCUCAAAGUUUCCUUCUCCGGAGAAUACAAGAGCCUCAUGCGGGUAGCGUCAGCCAAGAGGUAUGAGGAAGAAGAGGAUGCGCCCCCAACCAAGAGGAGGAGGACCAGCAGAGAGAGGAGAUCCAGGUCCAGAUCCAGAGAUAAAUCCAGCAGAGACAGAAGGACCAGGUCCAGAUCCAGAGAUAAAUCCAGCAGAGAGAGGAGGACCAGGUCCAGAUCCGGAGAUAAAUCCAGCAGAGAGAGGAGGACCAGGUCCAGAUCCGGAGAUAAAUCCAGCAGAGAGAGGAGGACCAGGUCCAGAUCCGGAGAUAAAUCCAGCAGAGAGAGGAGGACCAGGUCCAGAUCCAGAGAUAAAUCCAGCAGAGACAGAAGGACCAGGUCCAGAUCCAGAGAUAAAUCCAGCAGAGAGAGGAGGUCCAGGUCCAGAUCCAGAGAUAAAUCCAGCAGAGAGAGGAGGACCAGGUCCAGAUCCAGAGAUAAAUCCAGCAGCGGGUCGUCCAAGCAGAACAGGUCCAGAGAAAAGACGGAGGAACCAGAGAAACCAGACUCUGAGUCCAGGACUGAUCCUGAACCAGCUCCGGUCAGAGACUCCAAACCUGAGACUGCAGAGAACGAGCAGAGUGAAGAAGAAGCAGAGUCGUCUGCGGAUGACAGCGACAUUGAGGGGAUGGAGGUGAUCGGAGAGGACGGAGAGAAUCUGGAAGAGGAAGACGCGGAACAUCUGGAUGAUGCUGAGGAGGAGGAGGAAGAAGAAGAGGAGGCGGAGGCGGCUGUGGAGGGAAACAGUGGAUCAGCAGAAAGACGAGACUCACCUGAAGAAGAGAAAGAGAAGGAAGUGAAGGACGGAGAGACUGACAAUCAGGAGAAACUAGUGACGGAGGAGGAGAAAGAGAUAAAGGAGGACGAGGAGAAAAAAGAUGAGGAAUCAGAAACCACCAGAGAACCAGAAGAGGCAGCAGAGACUCAGGAUGAAGAGGAGGAACCAGGUUUCCCAGUGGACCUGGAGGACUGCAUCAUUAUGGAUGAAGUGGAAGAGGACCAGUCUGAUGACCCAGACGUCACAGAUGAACCUGAGGUCAGAGGUCAACCUGAGCCUCCGUCCACCAGAGUGGUUUACUUCACCAACCUGCCGCAGCGUUUCUACACCGACGCCGACUUCGUCAAACUGGUCAGAGGUUUCGGGACGGCGGCACGUUACUUCCUGAUCCGCCGACGCCGAGAGGGUUUCAUUGAGAUGUCGAGACCGUCAGAAGCUCUGAGAGCGGCUCGGGAGCUCAGCUGUAAACCCGUCGUCUUCCACGGCUCCAAACUCAUCGUCCGCAUCUCCCACAAAUACCACAGACUCAUCAACGGGUGGGAGGUUGAGUCGGACGAGGAUGAAGAGAAGAGGAGCGAGCGCCGGAGUCGAAGCAGCAGCAGGAGGAGGAGCGAGAGACGAAGCAAAUCCAGAACGUCGGACAGAGACGAGACCUGCCGCCAGUCUGAGGGCAGGAGAGAGUCGGAAUCCAAGAGGUCAACAGAGAGGGAGUCCGUGUCCAGAGAGAGUCCAGAGCAGGACGUCACAAACACACCAGAGACAGAAUCAGCUGCUAGAGAGACUCCAGAGGGAGAGUUGGCCAAUAGCAAAAGUCCAGUAAAGGAGUUUCCCACCAAAACCACAUCAGAAAAAACCUCGAGAACGACACCAGAUAAAGAGUCAGGAUCCAAGAGGUCUACAGAUAAAGACUCAACUGAUAUAAACUCUUUAGAAAAUGAGUCGGUCUCCAGAGGGAGUCCAGACAAGGAAUCAGCCAAUAACAAGACUCCAGGAAAGGGGUUUCCCGCCAAAACCACAUCAGAAACAGAAACCUGUAGAACGACACCAGAUAAAGAGUCAUCCAGUCAUAAAACCAAAGACGAAGACUCGGUGUCCAAAAAGACUCCAGAGGAGGAGCAGCUGCCAAAGACGAGUCCAGAGCACGGGAACGAGUCUGAAGGAACCCUGAAGGAAGAUCUGGAGGUGAAGGACGGAUCAGCUGAUCAGGGUCCUCAGACAGAGGAGGGAUCAGCUGAUCGGGGUCCUCAAACAGAGGAGGGAUCGGCUGAUCAGGGUCCUCAUACAGAGGAGGGAUCAGCUGAUCGGGGUCCUCAUACAGAGGAGGGAUCAGCUGAUCGGGGUCCUCAUACAGAGGAGGGAUCAGCUGAUCGGGGUCCUCAGACAGAGGACGGAUCAGCUGAUCGGGGUCCACAGACAGAGGACGAAUCAGCUGAUCGGGGUCCUCAGACAGAGGACGGAUCAGCUGAUCGGGGUCCACAGACAGAGGACGGAUCAGCUGAUCGGGGUCCACAGACAGAGGAGGGAUCAGCUGAUCGGGGUCCUCAGACAGAGGAGGGAUCAGCUGAUCAUGGUCCUCAGACAGAGGAGGGAUCAGCUGAUCAUGGUCCUCAGACAGAGGACGGAUCAGCUGAUCAGGGUCCACAGACAGAGGAGGGAUCAGCUGAUCGGAGUCCAGAGAAGAGUUCAGAUGGACCAGAUUCUGCUGCAGAUCCUCCAAAACCACAAACCCAACAGAAACCCGAUGAUGACGAGCGUCUCCAGGACUUGGAACAAAAGCCUGUACCUGCAGGGGGCGCUGCAGAACCAGAGAGACCCACCAAACCUGUCGGAACAGAGUUCGUUCGGCCGGUCGUCGGUUACUUCUGUCACCUGUGUCAGGUGAUCUACGCCGACGAGGACGAAGCCAAGCUGCAGCACUGCAGCAGCCCGACGCACUACAGGAAGUACCAGGAGAAGACGGGGAAGGAUCCGUGGACGAGCUGAAUCUGUUCAACAGUGAAAAAACAUCAGACACUGAAACUAAGUCGAAUUGAUUAUGUUUACAAUUAGUUAUCAGUUUUAAAGACUACAUUACCCAGAAGUCCUGAGCAGUGACGUCAGACUGUGAGCAAAAUGUCUGAUUGUUUUUGUUUACUGACACUUAGGCAGAGUAGAGGGUUUAAAACCGAUUUAAAAAUUAAAGCUG